GUCCUGGCUCAAGGCAAAGCAAGCAUAGCGACACCGCCCAACUAGCACAGCUAUCGUUUCAUUUGAGUGUCUCUCUCUCUCUCUCGUCUUAUUCUGGCAGUGCGAUGGAUCAGACGAGCACGAGUAUGUGGCACACGAGGCAGCAGCGACGGCACGAAGCAGCACGAAGAGAUUUCGAACAUGUGUGCUUUCGACUUCAAGUGAUGGAAUCUUCACUGCAACUGUUGAUUUUUCGCGUGGAAGCUUUUAGUGACAAAGUCGGUGGACUUGAGAAGCAGGGCUCUCCAAGUUGCGACAGGCAUGAUCUUGCUGACGCGCCGACACGCUUAAGCCGCUCAGAACUAUUACUUUUUCGCUCGCCUCUCACCGAGUUCCAGAAGCUGGGCAGCAUGAUCGAACAUCUUCUGCCGCAGGCUGUGCCAUCAAACCACAUUCGAGAGCACAGGGUGCCAAAGUUUGAGGCCACCCCGGAGCAUAAGGUACAUGGUGCCCCAGAUCAGCCUGAGUACGAACGCUCACCGGACAACAAUAACCAUCCCAGAGGCACCGACGAUAUCGCAGAAGCGAAUCCGCGAUCAGACCAGUUGUCCGUCGAGCUCGACUUCGACGCGGCGCAGAUCGAGACGAGCAAAGGCGAUAUUCACGGGAGGGCUUCGCGCGCAGAGAUGAGCGACAAGGGGGAACGCGCGGAGAAUGUGACAAAAGCUGCGGAGGAGAUUGGCGAUGAGGAGGACAAGGAGGAGAGCAAUGUCACGGAGGACGGGAAGUAGCAGACGAAAGAGGGGGCACCCAAAUGGUUCUGGCAGUUCGAGAGCAAAACGAUGGCCAAGUUUGAUGAGCUCCACGAGGUCAUGGGCCAGGUCACGUGAGUCGUUUCUCGGCAGGCGCGCCUCGCCGAAGCGACGGACAGGCGCCCAGCUUGCAUUUGCCGAGGCUACGGCCUCCGCGCCGUGCCCUGAGGUGCAGACACGGUCAGUGCUGAUAGAGUUGAUCUAUUGGAAUGCGCGCGGUACAGCCGUGCACGCGAGCAAAGUCAGG